UGUGCGUCUUAGGAGUUAAGGUUGUUGAAAGCUAGGUCGACAGAUUGUUAAACUUUUGCACUCUUAAGUGAGAAUAGAACUAUAAAUAGAGUAUCUCUCUGGUAGUAAGAUAUAAAUUUUAAUCACAAAUUAAAUCCUUUGGGUUCGAAAGGUGUUAAAUUCGUGUCCAAUUUUAUUUCACAUCAAUUUCAAGCAGAAGAAUGGCGACAGCAGUGGCUUCCCGGUUUGCUGUACUUAGCAUGGACGACGAUGACGACUCUCCCAAAAGAAAUCAAAAGAAGAAGGCAGAAAAUAGGAAAACUGGAACAGGCGUGUCAACUCAAAAAACGGAUUCCAACCAAAAAAAGAAAAGUAAAAAAUCUGAUUCGUGUAAGCCAACACAGUCAAACUCGAAUGCUAAAUCUAAAGGCAAGACAGGAAAGGGUGAAGGCAGCAGAGAUGGACAGCAAAAAAAGAAAAACCCUUCACAAGAACAGUGGGAUCAGUGGAAGAAGAAAGAUUCUGAGUUUGUAGAUGGAAACUAUGAACAGGAUCUACAUCAGGCCAUUCUUCUAUCUAAGCUGGAUUAUGAAGAGAAGAAGGAUCUGUAUGAACAGUUAAGAAAGGAUGCUGAAGAAGAGAAAAAGAAUGCCAGCAAGAAAAACAAGAAGUCCAACAAAGCCCAGCCCAUGUCUCUAGAACAGUUCAAUAGUCUCCAUUUAGAUUCUGUUUGUGAAAGUGGAAUGGGUGAGUCCAUGAUGAACAGCAAAGUGAAUGAACAAGAUAAGGAGUUCUUUGACAGAAUUGAGGAUGACACAAAGAAGGCUCUGGAUAGAGAACAAACGUUAGAACUUAGGAAAGCUCGAGAGCCAUUUAUCCAAGAAGCCAUUACAGUUGCACAGUUUGAAGAUGCUCUAGAGGAAAGAAAUAAAGAAAUAAGAUCAUUGAAAGAAGAAGUAGUGAAACUCAAGGAAGAGUUACACAAUGUUAAAACAAGAAACAAAAAGCUCUGCAAUAUUCUGGCUCUAGGAGAAAUGAAAGACAAAGCAGAAGCCCUGUUUGAAGUGGAAAAAUUACGAAGAGUGAAAGAUGAACUGUCCACAGAAGUGUCCAGCCUCCAUGCACAACUAGAACAAGAAAGAUCAAAAGUGCGUGCCCUCACCUUAGACUCUAAGAGCAAGGCACAGGUAACCUUGAGCACAAGAAGCGUGUGGCCAGUGAAACAACACAGUGAAACUGAACAAUGUGGACUCCCGAAUUUCAUUACAGGUUUUCCAUGCCAAAUCAACGGACUUUGCCAGAAGUCUGUGGCACUUAAUUUUUUAUUUUGAAUGAAACUUGAUGUAACCGUAGGUUGGCAAGAUAUAAGUAAAAGUACAAAGUAUAUUGUGGUUUUGAGGAUACAGAUCUGUGUGACUAUAUUUAAAAGUGGUCAUUUGUGGAAAGAAUAGCUUGAACCAGGAUAUUGGGUGUACAGAUAGAAGUGUCUGAACUACCAUGUCACAGUGUUUUCAUGUUUAUUAUUUUAAAAUCCAAUCUACUAAAACUUUCCUACCUUUUAAAUAAGAGUGUCUUGAGUUGCAGUGGUAAAUGUAUGGUGCUUGAAAGUUCAAAGUCAAAUUGAGAAAGAAUCUGAAGGUGGCAUGAUGAUAAACACCUUAUUUAUCUUUAAUAAAAAUUAAUACUUUUUUGUCAUGUUGCUUUAAAAUGAAUAUGUUUUUGAGAAUAAACUAAUCAUUCUUCAUUUAAUAUUGUAAUUACCUCAAAAAGAAAAUGUUUUCCUUAUUGUGUCCACAGGUCUAAGAGAGAUAGGUAUGAGGUGCCAAGUAUUGUAUAAUUUGUAUAUAAAGUUGUGAAUAAUAUACAAAUAAUAAAUUGAAGUUGGAACACAUGUGGCAAAACCA